GUGGCUGCUCUUUUGGCUCCUCCUGCUGGGAUUUAUCAGCCAUCACCCCACCUAUGUGAGUAGACGCUGGACCCGCGGGGUUUCUUCCUUGUUAGCAGGCUGUGUCACGCGGCAUGAAAUUACACAGCUCAGGCCUGUAAUCCCAGCACUUUAGGGGGCCGAGGUGGGCAGAUCACUUGAGUCCAGGAGUUGAAGACUAGCCAGGGCAUCAUAGCGAAACCCCAUCUCUACAAAAAAUUCCAAAAAAGAUUAGUCGGGCCUGGUGGUGCGUGCCUGUUAUCCCAGUUACCGGAGAGGCUGAGGUGGGAGGAUCCCUUGGGCCUAAGAGCUGGAAGUUGCAGUUAGCCGAGAUGGCCCCGCUGCACUCUUCUCUCAGAAAAACAAAAUGGACCAAAACAAAGUGAAAUAUCAUUUGAUUUGUGUCAUCUGGUUUGAUGACUUUUUUUUUUUUUUUUAGACAGAGUCUCACUCUGUCACCCAGGCUGGAGUGCAGUGGCAAGAUCUCAGCUCACUGCAACCUCCGCUUCUGGGGUUCAAGCAAUUGUCCUGCCUCAGCCUCCUGAGUAGCUGGGAUUACAAGCGCAGACCACCACGCCCAGCUAAUUUUUCUAUUCUUAGUAUAGACGGGGUUUCACCAUGUUCGCCAGGAUAGUCUCCAUCUCUCGACCUCGUGAUCCGCCUGCCUCAGCCUCCCAAAGUGCUGGGAUUACAGGCGUGAGCCACCGCGCCCGGCCAAAAUAUAUAACCUUAAGUGUUAUCAAUUCUCUGCCUGAUGAUUUUCAUCCUGGGACUGACUUUUGUGGAAUUCCUUGGAUAGUUAUCAUUAUUGCGUUUCUGGGAAUUUCUACACUUGCCAUUUUCCUCUGGAAAACUAGCCUUUGUGUGUCUUUCCUCAAGACUGUCUUAAAGUCACAAAAUGUACAUGACGGAUCCAAGGAUGUACAGCGGAAAGCCUGGAGGUCCAAUAGCCGUAGCCGGGAAGGAAUUAAAUUUGGCCUGGAAGACCUCUUUACUUCAUGGAGACAUAUGGAAGCCAAAGUUCGAGCUGAAGUCCGUAAGGUGACAGGGAAGGUCAACAGUCAUUACAAAAUCAAUGGACAGAGGAAGACUGCCGAGGAAGAGAAACAAAACAUGAAAGAAUGUGAGCAAGCAGAAAACAAGAGGCAGCUAUCAGAGGCAGAGGAGAAUGGGAAAUCGGAUAUGAAAGAAAUACACACCCAACUGCAACCGUUUCAACGCAGGCAAGAGUUGCAGCGGCAGGCAGAGGACUGCUACAGAUGCAAAAUCGCCCCUUCUGCAAGAAAGCCUCUUGCCAACUCAGGAAGUUUGUUUGUUUUCCUUGCUUUUGGACAUAGUCUGCCAGGUCAGGACAUGGAUGUAUUUUUCUCCCCACACCUCUGUGCUCAAGCCUUGCAAAGGUGGAUGGCAGAGAAGAAGGCUGCCUACAAGCGGCACAGGUGUGAAAUGAGGCAAAAGCAGAGAGUGCCAGAGAGACGCAUGAGUCAGCAGCCAGUCCAGGGACGACCGGGCCUAGAGAACCCUUUCUGGAGGGAUUCAGGACCUCAUUGGGUUCCCAUGAGGAACAGCAGCGGCGUCCCAGCUGAAAACACAGAGAAGACAAAGGUCAGGAUGGCGGCAGUGGAGCACCAUCAUUCCUCAGGGUUGCCCUACUGGCCCUACCUCACGGCUGAAACUUUAAGAAAAAGGAUGGGCCACAAGCCACCUCCUCCAACUCAGUGUUAUCUGAGAGGUCAACCACAUCCAUCAGUUAAAGGGUGUCUGAGACUGCUGACUCUUUCUCGACUACAGUGUCCACUAGGACCUCAACCACAUUCUACAACUGAUGAUUUUCUGAGAAGAGAGACACUUCAAGACGAGUGUGCCCUGGGACCUGAACCACUUCCUCGAGCUGAUGAUUUUCCGAGACUCAAGACACCUCCCGAGGGUCUUUUCAUACCAAUUUCCCCUUCUCCAGUUGAUUCUCUGAGCCUUAAGACACCUCCCGAGUGUCUUCUGGUACCCCGUCCACCUUCUCCAGUUGAUGAUUUUCUCACACCACAGGCACCUCCCAUCGAGCGUCAUCGCCUGGGACCUGUAGCAUUUCCUCGAGCUGAUGAUUUUAGGAGACCCAAGGAACCUCCCGACUGUUUUUUCGUACCCCUUCCACCUUCUCCAGUUGAUGAUUCUCUGAGCCUGAAGACACCUCCCGAGUGUCUUCUGGUACCUGUUCCACCUUCUCCAGUUGAUGAUUUUCUGAGACCACAAACACCUCCCGUCCAGUGUCACCUGAGACCUGUACCAUUUCAUCGAGCUGAUGAUAUCCGGAGACUCAAGAAACCUCCUGACUGUUUUUUCGCACCCCUUCCACCUUCUCCAGUUGAUUCUCUGAGCCUGAAGCCACCUCCCAAGUGUCUUCUGGUACCCCUUCCACCUUCUCCAGUUGAUGAUUUUCUCACACCACAGGCACCUCCCGUCAAGCGUCGUCACCUGGGACCUGUGGCAUUUCCUCAAGCUGAUGAUUUUAGGAGACCCAAGGAACCUCCCGACUGUUUUUUCUUACCACUUCCACCUUCUCCAGUUGAUGAUUCUCUGAGCCUGAAGACACCUCCUGAGUGUCUUCUGGUACCCCUUCCACCUUCUCCAGUUGAUGAUUUUCUCAUACCAGAGGAACCUCCCAUCAAGCGUUGUCGCCUGGGACCUGUAGCGUUUCCUCGAGCUGAUGAUAUCAGGAGACUCAAGAAACCUCCUGACUGUUUUUUCGCAGCCCUUCCACCUUCUCCAGUUGAUGAUUCUCUGAGCCUGAAGCCACCUCCCGAGUGUCUUCUGGUACCCGUUCCACCUUCUCCAGUUGAUGAUUUUCUCACACCACAGGCACCUCCCAUCGAGCGUCGUCGCCUGGGACCUGUAGCAUUUCCUCGAGCUGAUGAUUUUAGGAGACCCAAGGAACCUCCCGACUGUUUUUUCUUACCACUUCCACCUUCUCCAGUUGAUGAUUCUCUGAGCCUGAAGACACCUCCUGAGUGUCUUCUGGUACCCCUUCCACCUUCUCCAGUUGAUGAUUUUCUCACACCAGAGGAACCUCCCAUCAAGCGUUGUCGCCUGGGACCUGUAGCAUUUCCUCGAGCUGAUGAUAUCAGGAGACUCAAGAAACCUCCUGACUGUUUUUUCGCAGCCCUUCCACCUUCUCCAGUUGAUGAUUCUCUGAGCCUGAAGCCACCUCCCGAGUGUCUUCUGGUACCCGUUCCACCUUCUCCAGUUGAUGAUUUUCUCACACCACAGGCACCUCCCAUCGAGCGUCGUCGCCUGGGACCUGUAGCAUUUCCUCGAGCUGAUGAUUUUAGGAGACCCAAGGAACCUCCCGACUGUUUUUUCUUACCACUUCCACCUUCUCUAGUUGAUGAUUCUCUGAGCCUGAAGACACCUCCUGAGUGUCUUCUGGUACCCCUUCCACGUUCUCCAGUUGAUGAUUUUCUCACACCAGAGGAACCUCCCAUCAAGCGUUGUCGCCUGGGACCUGUAGCAUUUCCUCAAGCUGAUGGUAUCAGGAGACUCAAGAAACCUCCUGACUGUUUUUUCGCACCCCUUCCACCUUCUCCAGUUGAUGAUUCUCUGAGCCUGAAGCCACCUCCCGAGUGUCUUCUGGUACCCCUUCCACCUUCUCCAGUUGAUGAUUUUCUCACACCACCGGCACCUCCCAUCAAACGUCAUCACCUGGGACCUGUAGCAUUUCCUCGAGCUGAUGAUGUUAGGAGACCCAAGGAACCUCCCGACUGUUUUUUCUUACCACUUCCACCUUCUCCAGUUGAUGACUCUCUGAGCCUGAAGACACCUCCUGAGUGUCUUCUGGUACCCCUUCCACCUUCUCCAGUUGAUGAUUUUCUCACACCAGAGGAACCUCCCAUCAAGCGUUGUCGCCUGGGACCUGUAGCAUUUCCUCGAGCUGAUGAUAUCAGGAGACUCAAGAAACCUCCUGACUGUUUUUUUGCACCCCUUCCACCUUCUCCAGUUGAUGAUUCUCUGAGCCUGAAGACACCUCCCAAGUGUCUUGUGGUACCUCUUCCACCUUCUGCAGUUGAUGAUUUUCUCACACCAAAAACACCUCAACUACAGUGUCACCUGAGACCUGUACCAUUUCAUCAAGCUGAUGAUAUCAGGAGACUCAAGAAACCUCCUGACUGUUUUUUCGCAGCCCUUCCACCUUCUCCAGUUGAUGAUUCUCUGAGCCUGAAGACACCUCCCGAGUGUCUUCUGGUACCCCUUCCACCUUCUCCAGUUGAUGAUUUUCUCACACCACAGGCACCUCCCAUCGAGCAUCACCUGGGACCUGUAGCAUUUCCUCAAGCUGAUGAUUUUAGGAGACCCAAGGAACCUCCUGAGUGUUUUUUCAUACCCCUUCCACCUUCUCCAGUUGAUGAUUCUCUGAGCCUGAAGACACCUCCCGAGUGUCUUCUGGUACCUGUUCCACCUUCUCCAGUUGAUGAUUUUCUGAGACCACAAACACCUCCCGUCCAGUGUCACCUGAGACCUGUACCAUUUCAUCGAGCUGAUGAUAUCAGGAGACUCAAGAAACCUCCUGACUGUUUUGACUGUUUUUUGUUUUGUUUUGUUUUGUGUUUGUUUGUUUUUUGUUUUUUUUUUAUUGUGUUGGAGGAAGGGGUCUGGUAUGUUGUUGAUUCAAUUUAGUCAUCAUUUUUACAACACAUGAAUUCAUUUAAGUAUUGAUUGUGCACCUAUCAUAUGAUACGCAUUUUUUCAUCACUCCCCCACUCCCAGAACCCUAAGCUUUUCUCAUUGUUAGAACUGCUAGUUUAUUUGUAUUUCAGUCACUUUGACUAUAAACUCCUUGAGUGUAGGUGCUUAGAUUUUUUUCACUGCUUAGCCCCCAAUGCCUGUAUAGAGUAAGCUCUUUUUUUUUUUUUUUUUUUGUACCAAAUGCCCAAUGGCCAAUUUAUUCUGUUUCAGUAACAACUAGGCAUCAUUUUCAAAGGGCCAUAUACUGACAACAGACUGCCCAGAAAUUAUCUCCCUAUGUAGGAGAACUACAGAAGACAAGUUCUUAGACUAUAUCCAGGUAGUCCCAGUGUAUAUACAUAAGUCAUGGAAAAUACUAAUAAGCUCAUUAUUGCACCAAUCUGAUACCAAAUCAGUAAGUCAAUUUAGUGCUUAUAAUGUAGUGUUACAUUGAUUUAAUGAUGCUAUUAGUGAUAUUUGCAGUGACUGGACUGGCAUAAACAAUUACUAUUUAGGAUACUCUUUCUCGGUAGAAAAAACACCUAAUUCCACUAAUUGCCUCUAGUUCUGCUUCUAUUAACUGCACACUUUGUACAUGCUAUUAAUCUUAUCAGCUGCUGCUGAGUUAAUUAAAAUUCAUGUCUACAAGCAUAAACCAAAAUGUAUGUAUUCUGAUCACCUUUUAUAUGUUAAAUAAAAAUGUUGGAAGACCAAAUUUAAACAUUAAUUUCCAGAAAGUAAAAAUAUAUUUUAAAAAUGCAUAUGGCAAAUUAACUUAUAAUGAGCUCAAAAGAGGUUGCAAAAAUAAUUUCUCAUUAUGAUGAUAUGAUAACAGUUCAGAAUCAUUUAAGAAUGAUAUGUUCUUAAAGCAAAAAACCACAUGCCAGUCCAUUAUUUUGUAUGGAAAAUAAAAUGUUUUCAGAAAAGCAUUUUUCAUUAUUUGAGUAAAGAACUAUAUCUCAUUAUUAAUUUGCCUUUUUUUUCUCUCUGAAAACACAUAGGAUAUAUUUUAAUUUGUUUUGGUGGUCUCAUAGUCAGUCUGAAAUACAUUUUCUUUUUUUGUUUAUAUUUUGCUAUUUCAGCGUUUAGCAAAUAAUUUGUGAGUAAAUUGUAUAGGUUGAGUCCUGAAUGAAGAGCUCUUAUUUUUAUUUGUUAGAGAAAUGUUAUAUAUAAUAUCCUGUUCAUAUCUAGAAAAAGUGAUUUGAGUUUUAAAAUUUUAUUAUUUAUAACUCUAAUCAUUAGUGACAAUGAACAUAUACUGGAGAGCAUUUUACAAUUAAGAAUGUGACAAUAUAUUUUAGCUACAUUCACUUAUUAAUAAUGAAAUUAGGUAGUAAUAAGAUAUGAUUAAUCUUAACUGGAUUUUAUUUAAGAAAAAUCAUUCUAUUUGGGUCAAAUAUGAAAUGAAAAUAAGUGUCCCUGUGUCUUAGAUGUAUUCCUUAAAUAUUCAAGCUGCCUAGAUUCUCUCAAUUGGGAAUUGACAAGUGUUAUUAUAACAUCGUGUUCAUUGGAUGGUAACAGCUCUGUGUUGUCAUGUGGUUUUUGCUUUAAGAACAUAUCAUUCUUAAAAUAUAUGAAUACAGUGUCAUAUAUAUGUGUACACAAAAUUUAUAUAUAUACUUCAUAUAUGGAUUAGUUGCUAGAAACUGAAUUCCCUUCCAACAACAGAAAAAGGUGAUAAGAUGGAUGAUGGGUUAUGAUUUAUUUUAUCUCUAGUGGGGAAAAAAACCUCUUCAAAACUAUAGUAUUGUUGAUUUCAAGUUUAACUCAGAAAAAAAAAAUUGCAUCAGGUAGAACUUUUUUUCACUCUUUCUUUUUCUAUAUUAUUAUUAAAACAAAUAUAUCCCAAUGUUGAUGCCCUUUUUAUUUUAUUCAUAGCUUUUGAGGCACGUUUCAUAGCUCUAAUACACCUGUGUAUAUUCCCAGACUCCUCACUGUUAAGUGAAAAAUCAGUUUUCCUUUCUUGCCUUUUUUAACUUAUAUUUAAAUAGGACACAUUCAUGCAUGCCUUCCUUCUUGAAAUUCUUUCCUGCCCUGGCUUUCUUGACAACAUUUUAUGCGGUUCUCCUCCUACCUACGUGAUAUUGCCUUCUCAGUGUCCAUUAUGGGCUCUUACUCUAAAAUGAAGCCUUCUCCAAGUUUCCAUUUUUGGCCCUAACCUCUUGCCUUGCUGUCAUUCUGAAAAGGUAAAUCUUAUUUCUUCCUUAUGUCAGCUACCAACUCCACCGAACUACUUUCAAAACAGCAUCUCUGACCUUUAAUUACAGGUACUCAAUAUUAUAUAGUACAGCUUCCGAAGUACUGCACAAUUGAAUCUAUGUCACUAUCUCCCAAACUGGACUCAUUUUCUAUCCUUUAAAUACGUGUCUCCGUCUCAGCUAAACCCACUAUGUUCGAGAAAGUGGAAUUACCUUUUUGUUCCACUCAGCACAAUGGACUGUGUUGGACAUCUUAUUUACUGGUCUACAUAGACCAAUGAAAGCUCAGCUCUGUGAGGUUACAGUCUGUUUCUUAUCUAUUUUAUUCACCAUGUUCAUGUAGUUCUACUUUCUCAGAAGAAAAGAUGUAUUGCAGAGUGACCCUUCUUUGUCACCCUUCCCCACGAUCAGUUAGUCCCCAAGUCCUUCUUAUUCCUUAUCCAAAAAGCCAUCCCUUGCCCAGCCACAUUUUUUUAGUUCAUUCUUUUUAUCAUCCGUGACUUCAAAUAGUAUAAUAGCUCCCAAUCACUUUUUCUGCUUCAAUUCUAUUUUUAUAUUUACCUCCUCUUGAUUAAACUUUGCAAUGAUUCCAAUUAUUUACGAUGCCAUAAAAAUCCCUUUUUUAUGCAGCUGCUACUUGUUCCAAUGUCAUCUCCCACUCUGUACUUUCCAGGAGCUACAGCAUCUACCCACACUGACUAAUUUUAAAUUUACUAAACACAUGAACCUGAGGUAACACGCUAUGCUCCUAUCAUAUGGGAUGUAUAUAGAUAUUGACAUUAUGAGUUAGAGACAUCAAUAUACGUAUAGAUACUGGCAUAAUCAAAAAGAUGUAGAUGUACAGAUAUAGAUAGAUGCAGAUACACAUAUUUUUAAUCACCUCCAGCCAAUUCUUCUUCAAGUGUAUGAUCUCCAUGAAGCUCUCCUCCCCUCUAUGCAUGUUGAGAAGCACAGUGUUCACCAUGUGUUCCUAUACUAGCCUGAGAGUAUCUCUGUUAAACGAUAUUGAACAUUGCAUUUACAUGUCUGGACUAUAAACUCCUUGAAAGUAAAGAUGGUGUAUCUUCGUAUGUGACACAGUUGUCAUGGAAUCAGUCAUUUUAAAAGUUUGUUGAAAGAAGAUGUGGAAUUUAAAAAUAACAAUCUUUAUUAAUUACCAAAUCAGUCUAUCAUGUAAAAAAUUAAAAUGUGCCUAUCCAAGUAACAGUGGCAUAGAGAACCUCGGGUUAGAAUCUUGUCAAUAAAAAUUCAUUUCAGAACUCUUCCUUAAAGUAUAUAGUUAUUCAGUAAUACUUAUCGUGAGAAAAAAAUCACAAUAUAGGAAAUAGAAGGAAUAAAUAUUUACUCAUGUAAAGUAUAAUUUGAGCAACAGUUGGAACACCCUCCUCUUUUUGCUCUUUUUAAACUGUUAAUAAGAAAAUUUUAUAUUAAGAGGGCUUUUGGUUAAAAUUCAAAUCACUUUGAGAGACGUAACAAUAAACUAUUUUUUAUUUUGUUUGCAAAA